AUGGGAAAUUGCUGUAGCCAAGGAGGUUCGGCCACUACUCCAGGGGCAUUCAAAGGAGAGGGCCGUAGAUUAGGUUCGGCAAACGAUGAAGCUCCCAGUCAUCCGACAACUUCCGGGAAGGAAAACAAAGAAGAUCUUCCCAAACCUCGUCUCGAUCCCAAGUUGGCGGACGAAGAUCGAGAAAAGCAGCGAGCCGAUCGGUUAGCCGCCGCAGAGGCACGCCAGAAAAAAAUGGGAGGAUCACCGAAAAAGAAAAAGGUGAACUCCAAUGCACCGCUUACUGGACCGAAUAGUAAGCCGUUGAUGACGUGGACGCCAGGGUAA